AUGGUUGAGUGGGUUUGGAACCUUUAUGGAAUGGAUAAGCUUCUUGAAGUAGUUGACCCGAAACUAACUACAGAUUUUGAUCAGCAAGAAAUUGAACAUUUGAUGAUUGUGGGGCUUUGGUGUGCUCACCCAGAUCCCACUCACUGGCCUUCAAUUAGACAGGCUAUUGAUGUCCUUAAUUUUGAAGCCAAAUUGCCCAUUCUUCCGUCCCAAAUGCCAGUGCCUACAUAUUCAGCUACCUCAGCACAUACGUCUACUUUCUCACAACUGUUGUCCUAUGGCAACAUUGAGUUUGAGAGCAUCCAGGUCCAGUCUUCCAGCUACAUUUACAACACUGAUUCCUCAAGGGUUACAACAUCUUCUGUAGCUUCGUCUCCAUCUGCAUCGCUUCUGUAG